UGGCGGUAUUCUUCGGGCUUCCAGUGUGGCCGAGAGAUUACCACCAACACCAAAAUCUGGGAUCAGCCUCCCCUGGUGGAUGCAGCCCCCUGUUUUGGUGUUGGUGCCUAUGUUCAGGUGUCCAAUUAUCUGAUUGGCGUUGACGCCCGUUCUAGAUUGGCUCAGUUAGGCCGUGGCAUGACCAGAGGAGUUUGUCGCGCGGUCCGUAGACCUUGGCCUCGCAUUUUGAGCUCAAGAUUGUCUGCUGUUUGACUCGCCAUUGCGCAUUCGAUUUUCUAUGUGAGCACGCCGCAUUCUUUCUUGUAGUGUCAACUCAUCACUCUUCCGCGACAUGGCUGAGCCGGCACACAAGACCGCAAAGUUUGUGGUUGGCGACAUUGCCAGCAGACCAGGAGAGUCAUGGCUGGUUGCAGCCGGGGUGCCUCGUCUUGGAUUGGGCUUGGCUGCGUUGGGGCGUCCUGGCUACAUAAAUACGGGCCGCAAAUCAGACUUAGCUAAUCUCGAAGAUAGGACGCCAGAGGCAAUGAAAAUGCAUGCUUGGAAGGUUCUAGAUGCGGCUUGGGCUGCUGGCGUUCGAUACUUCGACUGCGCCAGAAGCUAUGGUCUGAGUGAGCAGUUUCUCGCAGGUUGGCUGGAUGCACGUACCAUAGACUGCCAGACGGCGGUUGUUGGUUCCAAAUGGGGUUAUCGGUAUACUGCAGACUGGAAAAUUGAUACGGGCGGGGCUCCCCAUGAGGUGAAGGAUCAUUCUUUGACUCAUCUCGAAGAACAACUUUCCGAAACUAAAAAAUUGUUGGGAGGGAAAAUUCGUUUAUAUCAGAUCCACUCAGCCACUAUCGAGAGCCGUGUUCUCGAGAACACCGAGGUGCUGGAUCGUUUGAGACAGGUCCGGGACGUGGACGGGUGGCGUCUCGGUCUUUCCUUAUCUGGCACUGCUCAAGCAGCCACUUUAGAAAAGGCAUUGGACACACAGCUUUUCGAUUCAGUGCAGGCCACAUGGAAUCUUUUCGAGCAGUCUGCAGGAGAUGCAUUAUUGAAAGCCAAACAGGCAGGCUUACAAGUAAUUGUCAAGGAAGCGAUGGCAAAUGGACGAUUGCUCAAGUGUGACGCCUUGAUUGAAGCAGCUGCUGAGUUGGCCGUGGCUCCAGAUGCAUUGGCUUUGGCCGCUGUGAUGGCACAACCCUUCGAACCCAUGGUUCUGUCUGGUGCUGUGACUACCGAUCAGUUUCAAAGUAAUCUAGGAGCUAUUGAACUCGCGGAUGCACUACGAGGAGACAAGGCUGCUGUGCUACAGAGGCUGAUGCAGGAUUUGCGACAUGAUGCUGACGACUACUGGAAGGAUCGGUCCGCACUGACGUGGAACUGACAGGACGUCUUUAGGCACCCAACGCUCAGGAGGAGAAAAGGCACACAGACACAACGAAUCGUGGGG